AAGUUCAGCCCCGCCCGCCUCCCCGCGCCGUCUCCUCGGCCUGCGCCGCCGCCGCUCGUGAUCCGGGUCGCGCUCCUUCCGCUCCGCCGCCUGCUUGCGAGUGCUGCCCGGCAGGCCGCCAUGGCGAACGUGGCCGACACGAAGCUGUACGACAUCCUGGGCGUCCCUCCCGGCGCCAGCGAGAACGAGCUGAAGAAGGCAUACCGAAAGUUAGCCAAAGAAUACCAUCCUGAUAAGAAUCCAAAUGCUGGAGAUAAAUUUAAAGAAAUAAGUUUUGCAUAUGAAGUAUUGUCAAAUCCAGAGAAGCGGGAGCUGUAUGACAGAUAUGGAGAACAAGGUCUACGGGAAGGCAGCGGUGGAGGCGGUGGCAUGGAUGAUAUUUUCUCACAUAUUUUUGGUGGAGGAUUGUUUGGCUUCAUGGGCAAUCAGAGUAGAAGUCGAAAUGGCAGAAGAAGAGGCGAGGACAUGAUGCAUCCACUGAAAGUAUCUUUAGAAGACCUGUAUAAUGGCAAGACAACCAAACUACAACUUAGCAAGAAUGUGCUCUGUAGUGCAUGCAGUGGCCAAGGUGGAAAGUCUGGAGCUGUUCAGAAAUGCAGUGCUUGUCGAGGCCGGGGCGUACGCAUUAUGAUCAGACAGCUGGCUCCGGGGAUGGUGCAGCAGAUGCAGUCCGUGUGCUCCGACUGCAACGGAGAAGGGGAGGUCAUUAACGAAAAAGACCGUUGUAAAAAGUGUGAAGGGAAGAAGGUGAUUAAAGAAGUCAAGAUUCUGGAAGUCCAUGUAGACAAAGGCAUGAAACAUGGACAGAGAAUUACGUUCACUGGGGAAGCAGACCAGGCUCCAGGAGUGGAACCUGGAGAUAUUGUUCUUUUGCUACAGGAAAAAGAACAUGAGGUGUUCCAGAGAGAUGGGAAUGAUUUGCAUAUGACAUAUAAGAUAGGACUUGUUGAAGCUUUAUGUGGAUUUCAGUUCACAUUUAAACAUCUUGAUGCUCGUCAGAUUGUGGUGAAGUACCCACCUGGCAAAGUCAUUGAACCAGGAUGUGUUCGUGUUGUUCGAGGUGAAGGAAUGCCACAGUAUCGUAAUCCCUUUGAAAAGGGUGACCUUUACAUAAAGUUUGAUGUGCAGUUUCCUGAAAACAACUGGAUCAACCCAGAUAAACUCUCUGAAUUAGAAGACCUCCUGCCAUCUAGACCAGAAGUUCCUAGUGUAAUUGGAGAGACAGAAGAGGUGGAGCUUCAGGAAUUCGAUAGCACUCGAGGCUCUGGAGGUGGUCAGAGGCGUGAAGCCUAUAAUGAUAGCUCUGACGAAGAAAGCAGCAGCCAUCAUGGACCUGGAGUGCAGUGUGCCCAUCAGUAAACUGCAGGCAGCUGCUGCACAGGUGGAUUUUCUUUCCACAUUUGCCGGAUUUGCCAGCUGCUGGAGUACCUGAUGAGUCCAGAUGAACUGAUGGACAUCUGUUGAUCCAUGUGUAACUUCUAAAAUUGGUAUAGUAUCCACAGAGUGUAUAAUUUAAACUAACCACAAAGCUUUACAUCUUCAUUUCGACUGUUCUGUAGCAGAGUAAAGCACUUGAAAUAAGACUCCCUUUCACAUGUGGGUUAUAAGUUUCAGUCCUGGUAUCUGCUUGAUUUUUAUCAGUUUUGUGUAGACUUUAUGUUUCAUAUUUUAAACUCAAAUCCAGCAUUGUAAAGUUUGUACAAUUUGUCCUGAAGCUUUGUGUUUGGCUGCACCUGCAUAAGCUGCUACAAAUAGAAUAAAGAAUUCAUAGCCUGUAUCUAUCAUUUAGAUGCAUGGAAAAAUGGGCUUUGCACACAAUGGGUUUGAAGCUGACUGGGAACAAUGGAAAAAUUACAUUAGCCAUGGUUGUAAAGUUUUUUGGCUUUUUUUUUUUUUUUUUAAAAAAAAAACCAUUUUGUGAAAGGUUUCUGAAACUUGAUAAUAAAAAGCAGUUGGUGUAAAUUAUUCUGUGUCACAUUUUUAGAAAGAACAUAUUUUGAACUGUAAAAGUAUCCUUCCACUGAGGAGUGAAUCUUAAAACAGCCUCUAAAAACCCAUCGGCCUGAGGCUUUUGCCUUGGGUCCCUGCCCAUUUUAUAGCUAAAUAACACUAGCAUUGGUUGAAACAGGCGUUACUCACUUCAGUUGAUGCUCUGUAGCAUCCAGAACAUCCAAGUUACCAACUCCUAGAUUACCCUGAAUACUGGGACAAACCCAGGCCUCUUAUCCUCUUACACCCCGUUUUGUGAAAAUAAGGUAAUAGGUCAGUAGUAAAACCAUGUUUACAUAGACCUGUUAAGAUGCUGUUUUAAUUAAAUGUUUGAAAAGUUGCUCUGUCUCAUUUAAAUUGAAUACCUGAAUUUGGGGGAGCAUUGACUGCUUGACUUUCUAUGUAGAAAACUAAGAUUCUUAGGCUAGCACAGGUUUGCAUGCACAGUGACUGAGCUAGCAGUGCUUGUGGGUGCAGUUUGAUCCGUGCUCUGCUUGGCGCCUCACUUGUAUUACAGCUAUCUAAGGCGAUGGUGAAAGGGUGUGUUUCCAUCUUCUGAUGAUGACUUUUUCACUCCUGGAGUGUUUUUAAAAACCCGUCCCUUUGAGGUCCAAGUCAUAACCAGGUACACAACUUCUACAUUUGUCAAAGGAACAACAGGACAAAAAUGGAAAUUCAAAUUUUUCAAUGUAUUAUACCAUCUCUGAGCCUAAUAGCACCUGAGUACAUUUCCAGAGCUAUUAGAACUUGGAUGUAAAAUGUCCCAAAACUAAUCAAGACCUGUGAGGGUUAAAUUACUGCCCUAUCCACUCUACCUCCAUUGUACAAAAAUAUUUUGCAACAAGCCUGGGCAAUUCAACCACAUAAUAGUUUUGUAUUUAAGGUUAUUUCCCCACAACACUUUAAGCCUAAGCAAUGCAGUGAUAAUAUAAACUUUGUAGCCUUUCCAAUAAAGGUUUAUAAAACCA